AUGCUUCUCCCUCCGUCUCCCAGCUGCUUCUGGCUGCAGCCCGGCCCCCAGUGCAAGCGCAUCCGGGGCGGACGUUUCCCGGGGAAGCAGCAGCAGCGGCGCCUGCGCCGGAGCCGCACACGUGGGGGUGAAGGCCAGGCCAACACGCCCCGGUUCCUCUCCUCGCUUUCCUUGCCGUGGAAGCGUCCAGGGUUUGCAAAGAUCAUGGGCAAAAGCAAGACCAAGCGGUUCCGCCACGAGCCGUUUUCUCCAGCGGGGACCCUGAGCGUGCAAGACGGGGAGGCCGGAGCAGGAUCCCCGGCCGCGGAGUUGCUGGAAAAAGUAAGAGCGGGGCGGGGAGGGAGGAGGGAGAAACCGGUUUCCGCCUCCUUCCCUCUCCGAGCCCGAGAGCGAAAGCAAACCGCCUGCAUGCGUAAUCGCCCGCCAAGGGGUUUCAACUCGGGUUGCCAACUUACCAGGAAAGAUUCGACCUGGUCUGCUCCUGCGCGCGCUCCAAGGGAGCCUGAAUGGAGGUUGCCAACUGACCUGGCCUGCUCCCCCCCCCCCCCCGAGAAAUCAGCGAGUGAAGCUUCUGAUAAAGGGCGUGAAGCUGAAAUGUGAUCGCUUGCUCGUGCCCUAUAAGAGAUAAAGGCAGAUAUAGGGUUCAACUACGAACCACGAGGAACAAGACAGAUCGGUCUUCAACCUACCUUUUCUUAGGGUGCUUGUUGUUACUGCAAAUAAUAAGUGCUUUAUUCUGUUGUCUAUGCUCUGUUAACUUCUAGGUUAUGUUAUUGUUGUUUAGUUGUGUCUGACUCUUUGUGACCCCAUGGACCAGAGCAGGCCAGGCACUCCUGUCUUCCACUGCCUCCCACAGUUUGGUCAAAUUCAUGUUAGGCUGUCCAAUCAUCUCGUCCUCUUUCAUCCCCUUCUCCAUGUGCCCUCAAUCUUUCCUAGCACCAGGGUCUUUUACAGGGAGUCUUCUCAUCUGGAGGUUAUAUUACUGCAAAUCAUUAUAGGUAGAGCUACCUCUAAAGAUGGUUCGGAAACCUCAGCUCAUGUAGAAUUCAACAGCCAGGUUGCUCACCAGAGCAAGAUGGUUUGAGCAUAUAACACCAGUCCUGGCCCGACUGCACAGGCUGACAAUAAGUUUCCAGACCCAAUUCAGAUUGCUGAUUUUGACCUAUGAAGCCUUAAACGCCUCAGGGCUGCAAUUCGUCAAAAUCCACCUCUUCUCAUGAACUGACCCAGACCCUGCGAUCCUCAGCUGAGGCCCUUCUUCAUGUGCCUCCACCAUGAUAGGUCUGGAGGGCAGCAACAUGAGAACGAGCCUUUUCUGCUGUGGCUCCCCAUUUGUGGAAUGCUCUCCCCAGGGAGGCUCGCCUGGUGCCUUCCUUCCAUAUCCUUAGGCACCAGGCAAAAAUAUUCCUCUUCUCCCAGGCCUUUGGCUAAUCAAAUAAUUCAUGGCUUUUUAAACGCUCUGUGUCUGGGGUUAUUGUUUUUGUUUGUCACUAUGGUGUGUAUUUUUGAGCUUUUAUAUUGUAAACUGCCCUGGGAUCCUUGAAUGAAGGGCAGUAUAGAAAAUAAAUAAAUAAAAUCUGUCGGCGUCUCCCAUCCUGUGGUGUUCUAACCUCCCUCUGUGUGCCUCUUUCUAGCUUCAACACCCCAGUGCUGACAUGCGAGAAUUUGCCUGUGCCAGCAUCUCCAAACUAUUGCAGCAGAAACAAACAAUCCCAGCUUUUCUGCAGAGGGAUGUUGUCCGGUGUUUGGGUCCCAUGCUGCUCGAUAAGAGUUUGGCAGUUCGAGAGACAGCGGCAGGAGCUCUUCGGUGAGUUACAAAUGGUGGCAAGCUGGAAGAAAGCAGUGUUUUGAAGCAUGCUCAGGAGGGCAUGUGGGUGGUGGGUGCUGAGAAUUCAUGAGCAUCUGUUUCCCCCCCCCCCCACUUAAAUGCAUAAGACCAUGUCUUUUUCAGUCACGCUACAGAAAGCAGCCAAAUCAGGGAAUGGAGAUAAUGAGCCUUUCCCUGCUGUUGUCCUCAGCACAUGAUAUUUUGAGAUAUACUAUCCCUGAACAAUGAGGCUCCAUUUAGUGAUGGCUGUUAGCGGUUGAUGAAUCUGUAUAAUCCUUUUUUUUUUAAAGCCAUCUAAGUGGCGAUACAUUUCAUAGGCAAAUUCCACCAAGUGUAAAGAGUACACCCUUAGGAACAUAGAAUAUGCCUUCUGCUGAGUCAGACCAUUGGUCCAUCUAGCUCAGUAUUGCUUGCACUGAUUGGUCUGGUUAUACCAAUAUGUCCCCCAGACAGAAACCAUUGUAGCCUGUGGUAGAUAGAGUACCAGAUCACAGCAGUUGUUGCUUUGAGGCAAAUAGUCUCCAUGCCCAGUGACAAGCUCAUAAGCCCAUCCUUUCCCCAUCUCGCUUCCCUGUUCCUUAUCCUCCCCUGUUUAUUACCAUUCUGUUUCAAAUAUACAGACUACAAGCACUGUAACUAAAAGAGUAGCAUUCGUGGGUAAAGGGGAGGUGCAAGCAAUGUAGGAGGAACCCCUAGGUUUUUGUAGAAGAGCAAAAUAAACUUUUUGGGCGGAGAACCUCAGAAAAAAAACUUCCCAAAAUGACCCAGUGAGACUGAGUGCAUUGUGGACAGAACACCAACAAUGUGGGGGGCAGGGAUGUAAUGGAGGGGCAGGUAACCUGAAUAAACAUUAGACACUGCAGUAUUAGACACUGGCGAACCCGGUUCCCCAGAUUAAGAGCGGUAGUCACGUAAUCUGGGGAACCGGGUUCGCGUCUCUGCUCCUCCACAUGCAGCUGCUGGGUGACCUUGGGCCAGUCACGCUUCUCUGAAGUCUCUCAGCCCCACUCACCUCACAGAGUGUUUGUUGUGGGGGAGGAAGGGAAAGGAGAAUGUUAGCCGCUUUGAGACUCCUGAAGGGGAGUGAAAGGCGGGAUAUCAAAUCCAAACUCUUCUUCUUUUGUUGCAGAUCCCACUUGCCUGAUAGCGAGAACCAGAUUUUCUGUUACUUUGCAGAGGUCCAAGAGACUAACAGCAGCAGCAUAGUUUGCCGAAGUUUAAUUAUUAGAAUACUAUUUUAUUUCCAAAUGUUUUGUACCACCCAAGUGACAAUGUAUGCAUCUGUUAUUCAAAACUUUUGGUUCUUGUUUUAGGUGAAAUUUCUCUGAUUAUGUAUUGUUGUUGCUACAGAUGAUGAUGAUGAUAAACCUUAAUCUGUUAUAACUUAUUUUAACAAGAAUCUGAACCCAAAGUUUUUGGCUGUGUUACAGAAAUCUCAGUGCUUGUGGAGGAUUCGACGUCUGCGACGACAUGGUCACUAAAGAUAUCAUGACUCCUCUUGUAGCUUUGUUGAAAGAGGUAUGUAGCCAGCAUGGUGGUGAAAGAACUGAGCAGUGAGCCAGGAAGCUCCCAUUUCAAAUCCUACCUCCGCCAUUAACUCACUAGGCAGCCUUAGGCUGCUUUCAUAUGGCACUGACCAAGGAGUGCCCAUCUAGUCCAGCAUCCAGUUUAGCACAGCGCGCGAGCAGGCAACUCGAUUCAGGCGCCACUCGUGUGCCGGUCAAAUGACCCGUGGGCCUUAGGUUGCUGACCCCUGGUUUAAAACAACUUAACAUCACAAAAUUAUAUAUCUAAAAUUAUAUACACCAUGUGGUGUGAUACUACUUUAAACAGUCAUGGCUUUCCCCAAAGGAUUCUGGGAGCUGGAGUUUGUUACGGGUGCUGAGAGUUGUUAGGAAGCCCCUAUUCCCCUCCCAGAGCUAUACUUUCCAGGGUGCCCAGGAUUGGCUGUUAAACUACCUCAGGAAUGUGGUACUAUAGUGCUUUUAAAUGUGUGGUGUGAACAUGGCUCAAAUGCCUUCUUGCCACUAGCUGUUUGGUCUGAUUUGUUCUGCUUUUAUACCCUCCUCUUCGUAACCCAUCUUGCAAUGCAGUGUCGAGCAGGACUUGAGGAGAGCAAUGGCUCUCUGAAGGAAAUCAAAGAUACACACAAGAACUGUAUGGAAGAUAUUGCCAACGAGGCUGUGAACCUCCUCUGGAAUGUCUGGUGAGCGCCAUCUUGAAAUACUUGGUGUCGGAGCUGGGUCCAGUUUUGAUGGCCCCACUGGCCGUGGCGGCUGCUGUUCACUGAGAUUGGUGCAGUGGAAAGCAAGGAGACCCACAGUAGGCAGAGCCAGAACCAGUGAGAGGCAGAGGCAGCUAAUUCUAGUUUUGUAUCCAUCCUUGUCCCCUGCUGAGUACUACAAAGGCGCAACGCCAAGACCAAGGAGAAACCGUCAGGCAUGGCCUUCCCCUGCACUCUUUGUAAAUAAGAAGGCAGGUGGAAGGUUGGUUGGUGGGGGGCAGACUGCGCAUGGUGGUUGAGCUAUGGAACUCCCUCAGGAAGCAGUGAUGGCCACCUACCUACAUGGCUUUAAAAGAGGUCAUGAGGUGAAGAGGGAGCGUACGCACUGGUAUUUCCUUGCAAUGCUAAAAUGUGGUUUAGCCUUACAUUGCUUUCUUUGUUCCAGGAUCAAAGAAACAUAUAUAUUUUUUAAAAUUAAGUUUUCAAUGUGCUUGCCAAGCUGGUUUGCUAAAGAUCCUUUUGUGUCUUUGUUAGCGAAUGUAACAGUACAGCGGUCUCUAUAUUCAACAAACAAGGUUGCUUGGAUGUUGUGCUCCAGUAUCUGAAGAGAUUUCGCAAAAACGUGGACUUGGCUAUCGCAGUGGGUGAGUAAAGGGACAUGUUUAUGGGAGGUUUUCAGCCGCAGAGAGCCUCUGUCAGAUGUCUCUUGCAGAUAUGAAACUCUCUCAGGUCCACUGGUUCUGGGGUUUCUAGGCAAACACAUCCUCCAGAGCCUCUCAGCAAGCUGGUACAGUGGUACCUCGGGUUACAAACACUUCGGAUUACAGACUCUGCUAACCCAGAAGUAGUACCUCGGGUUAAGAACUUUACCUCAGGAUGAGAACAGAAAUCGCACACCGGCGGCACAGCGGCAGCGGGAGGCCCCAUUAGCUAAAGUGGUACCUCAGGUUAAGAACAGUUUCAGGUUAAGAACGGACCUCCAGAACGAAUUAAGUUCUUAACCCAAGGUACCACUGUAUUGAAUUCCAGUUCCACAGGUAGAGCUGUGGUUGGCAGAAACCUGUUGCAGCUGAAGAAACUCAUACUGUUUUAUUUCUUCUUUAGCAGCAUUUAUAUACUGCUUAAUUGUUACAAACCUUUAAGCAGUAGACAUGAAAUAUAAAAUAUAAAUAUUAAAAUUACUGAUGGAACUCGAAAGGCAAAAACAAGUUAAGCUAAUUCCCCCAAUAUAAAUAAAAUCAACAGCUUAAAAAUAUACAUUAUGAAAUAAUAUGGUAUAUUAAAAUACAUGUAAGUCUUACCUAAACAGACAAACAAACAAACAAAAUAUUUUAGGAUGCUCCAGAAACAGUACGGAGAAAGCAGCUGCCUUAUGUCAUUGGGCAGGGAGUGUAGCUGCUGCCUCACUGAAGGAUCAAUUUCUUUACAGAAUUAUUUGCAGAAAGAAUGCUGUAUGGCACUUGUAAAAGUGACAGCUCCACAGAUUGAAUUGGUUGAGUGGGCAUGUAUGGGUAAGGUUAUCUUGACAGGUGUGUUUUAAUGAGUGACAUCUUGGAAUUGCAGUCUCAGUUUAAAUGCUUUCUUCUAUCUCCACAGCAUCAUGUUUACAGGCUGUGACAGAAGAUAAUCCAGACCUGCUGUCGUCCUUUGAUUCUUCUGCACACCAAGUUCUGGAAAUGAUCUUAUUAUCAUCAGAGAAAGGCAUGGAGGACAUUCUUUUACGGACUCUGGUGGCAGGUAGGUUUCAACAGGGUAAUGAGUGCUGUGUUGUGGCAGUAGCGUAAUGGGAAAUUCAGAAGUGCAGGGUCCCUUCAUGAUAGUCACAUCUGCUCUCCCUUCUCCUGGAUGUCAUUAAAGAGGAGGACUGCCUGAUUUUCCCUGGGAGUUCCAUAGCUUGGGUCCCACCACAAAGAAGGCCCUGUCUUGAAGCCAUUCCUACCAAUGCGAUCACAAGCAGGGCCUCUCAUCCCAGAUUUCAGGUCAUAAGGUACGGGUGGAGGCACUUUCAAGGAUUUGGGUUCCAGUUCACCUAAGGGCAGAUACAAUAUUUGUACCUCAUCUUUAUCUUUCCUGAUCUGCAUAUUCAUCAGAAUGAUGUGAUAGCAGCUGUUUGUGGACUUGAGUGCCUUCUGGCAGGUGGGGAAAUUGCAAAUGUUUUGGAUAUUCUCCAAUGUGGGAACUCCCCGCAUCAAGAAAAUUAGAAUGUCAGGGAGAUAGCUAGCCUAGUACUCUUCUCCUGGGUGAUUUUCUACAUGCAAGGAGUUGUUUUUCAUGGAGGAGCACUUGCACUUUAUUUGCUCCGCAGAUACUCUAACCAGGGUUUAUGGCUUUUAUCUAUGUUAAUCUCUUUCUUGUUUAAGGUGUCACUUGGAAUAUAAGGAACACCCUGCCAUCUGGUAGCCAGGCAAGCACCAUGAAUGCCAUCCUGAAGAUUUUCUCAGAGUGCUUAGCCAUUGAUGCUGGUGAGAUGAUUAUUCAGAUGAAGGAAGUGGAAGUGGAAAGGUUGAAAAGCUCAGCUGAACCAGAGGCUGAGGGAAAUCUGGGCGAUGGGGACCUCUCAAUACUUAAUAAUGAUGAGGAGAUGGAGGAAACUCCUAAAGGAGCCACCAAACAAGAAAGUGACAUUUCAGAUCUACUUCCUGUAAGUGUGGCUGAUCUUAGCCCUAGAUGUUGCAAGCCAGACUUUCUCUGCUGGAAAAAACACAUACAAAACCAGUACUGUUUGGGUGCUGGGGGUGGGGGUGUUUCACUUUUCUAAAGGAACUGAGUGUAGGGUGAAGGGUGGUAAUAAAUUUUUAAAAAGCAUCAUCAACCUCAGCCAAUUUGGUGAUUCUAUUAAGUCCUUUUUUUGGUAAUACUACAUGCUUUGUGGGUAAUAUUUCUGAAAUUUGUAAAUUGUAAUUAUAUAACAUUUCUAUGUAUCAUUUGUACACAGUUUGCUUUUCUGGCAGUUCUUUGUGUUCAUUGUUGAAAGGUUUAUUUAUUCACAUCACUUAAAAUGCAGGCUAAUUGUUAAGUUGAUGGUGAUUGGUAGUACAGUUUGCUGCUGAAUGUGGGAUUUGUAUUGUGUUUCUUAUAUUGGUUCUUUUUUGGGGGGUAGAAUUUGUAAACUGCUUAAGGAAAUAUGAAGGAGCACAUAAAAUAAGUAAAUCGGCCAUACUGCCUGGGGCUGAUGGGAGCUGUAGUCUAACUGCAUCUGAUAGGCCCCAUGUUGGCUAAGCUUGGAGAUAGGCAACCCAGUGCCAGAUAGGGUCAUUGUCUUUGAGACAUGUGAGUUGGUGGCACUGUGUUGCACUGGUAUCGCUCCUUCCUAUGGGUCUGGGUUCUAAGAUUAGGGCCAUAUGCACACCAUACAUUUAAAGUGCCAUGAUACCACUUUAAAUAGUCAUGGCUUCCUCCAAAGAAUUAUGGGAGAUGUAGUAUGGUACGAGUGUUGAUGGUUGUUGGGUGGCCUCUACUCCCCUUCCAGAGCUGCAAUUCACGGAAUUGUUUAACAUUCAGUCCCUCUUCACAGGGAACUCUGGGAAUUGUAGCUCUGGGAUGGAAAUGGGAGGGGUCCCAUUAAACUACAGCUCUCAGAAUUCUUUGAAGGUAAGCCAUGACUGUUUAAAGUGGUAUCAUGACACUUUAAAUGUGUGGUGUGGUGUGGCCUAGCAUUGAGGGGAUUAUGUGUCCGCCCCUUGGCAGUCGUACUAUGGAGUGGUGCUGGGCAUUAUUCUAUCCUGAGUGUUGUUUAAUACACAUACGCGCGCGCGCGCGCGCACGGCCACUGGAAGCAACCAUCUGGCGAUUUGAGGCUCUUAUUUCUCAGUUACCUCUGAAUCAGGCUGUUUUAUUUGUUUUUAUGCCAUUUUUAUUGGUUUUAGGUGGCAUUUUUGUGCUAAUGGAUAUCGUUUUUAUACUGUACACAGUGUACACCGUGUAGAGAUUAUUAAUUUUUUUGCAGAAAGUUGUUUAGAAAUGCCUUUAAAUAAAUAAAACAAAUGGACAAAUAGCAUGACCUGGUAUAUCAAAUAUUUAUUGUGUUAUUUGCUUUGUAGGGCAGUAAGCAGGAGGUGAAGCAGGUGGCAGCUUUACUCUUAGCUCAGCAGACAGCCCUGGAAAUCAUUGUUAACAUGUGCUGCAAUGAAGGUAUUUCUGUUGCCCUCUUGCUCAGGUGGUAUCUGGGCUUCUGUUUCCUUCCUCUUGUAGAAACAACAAGAAAAAACCCACUAUCUUUGGCCCUGGCUGCACUAUACAUUUAAAGCAGUAUCAUACCACUUUAAAAAGUUAUUGAACAAAUGAUCCCGUUGAGAUUUUUUUAAAUGCCAGAACUGCAUGUUUUCAGACCCCUCCGAUGACGAAUGGGAAGAGUUAUCCAGUAGCGAUGAAAGCGAUGCCUUUAUGGACAACUACAACGAAGGUGGGAAGCUUCUGUCACCCCUGUGCCUUUCGGCUGAGCUGCACACAGCACUUCGGAACCACCUUGUUCCCAAGAAGGUAGAGUCCUCCUCUUCCCUCCCCUCCCCCCAACACCUGUGUGCCAGGGUCCAGAUGAUCACGUGACCAGUUAAGUUCUGUGUUUCCAGAUACGGCCUUUGAAUUGCAUUUCUGGAAAAGUGCUUUUGUGAUACUGGGAUGUGGAGUUGUGGUUCACUUUUCAUAGAAAGAAGUCUACCUAUGUAUCUUUUGGUAAAGUAGGUAUUAGGAAGACAAAAUCCCUUUUGGGGUGGGACUUCCCGCCUCCAAAAAAAAGAAAACCCAACGGUGGCUGCAAAAUAGUGGCUGGCUGUUGGAAGGGAAAUGCAAGGAAGUAUCCUGGAUUGGAGGCAUGGCCGGUUUUCUGCAGUUCCACAGGGUAAUGCCCACACCAAAGAAUUUGAAUUACAAGGAAGGAGAUUCUGACUAAACAUGAGGAAGGACUUUCUGGUGGUAAAACUCACCUUCAUUUGUGUACUUUUCACUGGAGGUUUUUAAGCAGAGGUUGGCUGGCCAUCUGUCAGGCAUUCUUUAGUUUUGAUUCCUGCAAUGACAGUUGGGGUCCCUUCCAACUACAGUUAUAUGAUUGUAGUCCAUCAUCUUGUUCGCACAGUGGCCAACCAGAUACCUGUGGGAAACCUACAAACAGAAUAUGAGCACAAGAGCACUCUCUCCUCUGGUGGUUUCCAGCAACUGGUGUUCAGAAGCAUUACUGCUUCCAUCUGUAGAGGCACAGCAUAGCCUUUUCCUCCAUGAAUUUGCCUUUUAGAGCUAUCAAAAUUGGUAGCCAUUACUGCUUCCUGCAGGUAUUCCGUUGUUUAACUAUGUGCUGUGCAAAAAAGAACUUUCUUUUACCUGUUCCUUCCUGAAGUCAAGGAUGCUAACAUAACUGUUGUGAAGAUUAUCAAGGCAGUAAAGCACUGAAAUUCUGCAUCAAAGCAAGAAAUGCUCAAUUCCACAACCUGUAUGAAUUACAAAUUAUGCAAAACAAGAAAAAUUGCAUAUUUUGCAUAAUUUAUCCUGCCAUUAAAACUGUUGCCCAUGCACUUCUAUGCAGCCAUAAGGACUAGAAACAUCGUUUGUUUUUUAAGGAAAACUGGUGUUCUUAGGAAUUUGAAUUUUGUACUUGGUGGUGGUGAAGCAUAACAGCUUUUUUCUUUUCCUAGAUACUUGAAAAAACUGGGUUUCCCAACAGUGUUGCUAUUGAUGUCUGCAUGCACAGUCCAGCUUGGAAGCCACUUAUUAAAAAGUAGGAGUUAAUUCACUUUCGUUAUGUUUCCAGUCAUAUUAUUAGGAAAGCAAUGUGUCUCCUCAUUUGUGGGGUUUCCAAUGGGAUCCAGGCUCACUGCUAUUGAAAAAAAGAACUGGGAGUAAACGGGGCUUUAUUCUUUUCCAUUAAGACAAGAGCACUUUUGUUAUUUAAGAACUGUCACUUGAACAUCUGAGCACUUGCCUAGUUCAUGAUUAUCACGUUUUUAUAUAUACAAGGACAUACUAAUAAAGCAGUCUGUUUCAGUGAUCUGUAUUGCUGCACUUCAGUUAAUUUUUCCUCCCCUCCCCCCCCCACAACCCUUUGAAAACAUUUGAGGUGUUUUUUUGGAACAAGAAAGUCUUAGUUAUGUUCAGCAAGAAAGUUCAGCAAGAAAGGUGCCUGUCUAAUCUCAAUUGGGAUGGAGUUCCACAGGCUUGGUUCCACUGCACAGAAUGCAGGACAUUGGCAAUAUAUAAGGGGCUGCUCUUUCGCUCAUUUCUUAUUUGCACUGUCUCACCCUUUCCUACUUUGAACGCAUCCCUUUAAGCAUGCCCACAUUUCAGUGGAGGCUGGGGUUGGGCACCCUUCCUCCCAUCUGUUCUGAAUAGAGGAGGGGUUUCCAGAGCCCCCUGUGAUUUGAGUACAGCAUUUUCCCUGAAGGGACAGGCAUGUCUCUCUCUUUCUCUUCUAUUUUAGAUGUGGCACCCAUGAUGCCAUACCUCAAUGGCAGCCAUUUUGUGUUAGGACAUGGCUUCCCCCGGCAGCCAUUUUGUCAUUUCCCAUACCUCUACAGGAACCAUUUUGUGGCUAACACCCACAAAAUUCCACUGGCUCAAAAAGGCUGGCAAUCCAUGGUGGAGCAUAUAGCCAUAUGACCCCUAGGAAAAUGGGGGCUGGAAGAUCCAUUCUUUUGAUGGGGGGUUGUAUUGUUGGUGUUCCUCUUCUCUGCUUUAUGGCUCUUGAUUAGGGGCUGUGCUGAAUGUUCCAUUUUCUUACAGGUUGAACAUGGUCCAGUAUAGAGCCCUGACCUGUCUCCACAGCAUUUUGUUGGUGUCUGAUGUGGAAUGUCUUGGGGGUGCUUCAGUGCUUCAGUCGCUCUCCCAGCACCUGUCCCAGUUAAUAUUUUCUCAGCCAGGUAUGUUUCAUGCGCUACGGUCAUGGCUACCUCAGCAAAUCUCUGCCCUUUCCCUUCAUAUUUCUCUCCUUUUGCUUCUCCUUCCCCCACCCCACAACCCACUGCUGUUCACAGUUGCUACCAGCAUCCCACUUUUAUUGUAUUUCCUUACAUCGUUCUGGUUUACAUGUGGGCAGUAUGGGGGUUUUUCUUAUUUAUUGACAGCAGGGUUUCUCAAACUGUGGUCUGUGAAGCUUCAUUCUAGCAGUCCAUGAUGUAUCUGUGAAGAACACUUAAAACUGGAAUUCAAAUGGCCGUACAAUAAAAUGAAUAUGAGAAGUGAAAGAAGCAAGAAAAGUACAAUUAAGAAUCAUAGACACACACCCUAAAAACAGCAUAACACAGUAGGCAAACAAUUCUGGAGGAAAACCGAGAGCGAGGACAUACUGGAUGGCAGCCAGAUCAGAGUCCUGUUGAAGUCUGGACACUAUCAAGGAGGAAGCCACACAGAUGUCCUGGGGCAGGGAGUUAUGCAGCCUGGGGACAACAGAACAGAAGAAGACCCCUACAGGAGAAGUCCAAAGGCCCAACUCUUGUUUCCCACAGUGGCAAGGCCAUGAGCAGGACAUGGGCCAGUGGAUCUCUCUUACUGACGUUCUCCAUCAGCACCCAUAUUUGAGGUGUUCUAAGCCUCCUGUGCCUGGCGUUCUCUGGUCCAUGGGGUCACGGAGUCGGACACGACUAAACAACAACAAAACCUCCUUAUUUAAACUUGUGGAGCGUAAACUUUAAAAACUAGCUGGCUGCCUUAGAGCACCACAAACCCAGCUGAAAGUCUUUUAUCAAUGAGUCAUUGAUAACUAUAGCCAAUGUUGAUUAGGCAUAGUUUCUUGAAGACCUUGGCAAAUGGUUGUCCUUUGAAGUAGAGCUGGUGGGUAAUUUGGGGACGAGAUUGCGAUGAGGUGGGGAUGGCAAAAGUGUGUAGACAAAUGCUGAGCCUCUGUAAUGUGGGGCGCUACUCAAAAUAAUUAAAGAGUGUUGAGAAUCACCAACAUUUCCCCAGAUACCAUAUGUGUUUAUCUCAAUGAAAUUUGCCUCCAUGUAAGCGUGUGUAACUUCUUGGGUUUCAAGCCCUGAACAACUUCAUUGGGAUUUUUUCCUUUUGUGCAGAAUUUUCAAAGGAAAUUGAGUUCCUGGAAGCCGUAACCAGCGCCUUGCGAGCCCUUUUGCAAACACUGGCGUCUAAUAAUAUAUCUCAGGUGAGACUGCUUUUUUCCCAGGGGUGGAGGUGCCAGAAGGGGGAUAAACUGAGAAAACUGGGUGAAGGAGAAGUAUGGAAAGGCUGUUCUCCUAACAUGCAGCCAGUGUCUCCAAACAUGUACAGAGUGCUUUUUGUCUAUAUCCGUUGCUUCUGUGCAACCUGUUUGUAAGUAGCCUGAGGUGCUAGCCCUCCACUUUUAUAUGUUUGAUCUCUUAAACACUUGAAUUAAAAAAUGUUCUUUGGCAUUUGCUUUUAAACAGCUUGGAUGCUGAGUGUUUUAUCUCUUCCCCUCACCAGUCCCAAUUUUUAUUCUUUUAAACAGAGCAUGUCUCCUGAGCAGCUGAUGACUUUAUGUGAAGCCGGUAUUCAGAAUACCAAUGUUAGUGUCCGAGUAAACGUGGUUAGCAUUCUAGGAAUUGCUGGCAGUGUGCUGGCCAAGGUGGAAGACACAGCAGAAACACUAAAGGUAAAACUUCUGUAUGGAAAUACCUAUCUCUCACUUCUGGCAAUGACAUUACUGCUUGUAAGAUCUGUAGUGAUUUUUGGGGUACCUGUUUCUGUGUCGUUUCAGAUGAUUGGGAAAUUCCUCCUUGACGUUGCAACGAAGGAUCCUUCCCUUGUGGUGGUGGGGGAAGCUCUGGAUGCCCUCUUUGAUGUGUUCGCUGACGGUAAAGAAGCCGAAAAGGCAGGAGAGCAAAUAAAGUUGUUAUAUGCACUUAAGGAAUUCCAGCCAGUUUUCAAAUCGCGGGUAAGCCUAUUUUAUUCACUGUGAGAGGAAAGUACUUGAAACACUAAUAUGGUUUGUGACUUCACUAAUGCCACCAGUUGGGAAAACUUUUCUUUACCGCAGUUGCAUCCAAGAUUCAUAUUGAAUACCUAAAAAAAAAAAAAUUCUUGUUGAGGGAAAAAAAGGGGAGAGCAAGUUUCUAGUCCUCAUUGGUUCAAUAAUAUCUCUCCAAAGAUGGAGGCAAGUCAAUGUUAGAAGUGUUAGAAUGCUAGUGGUGAGAAAGGAACGUGUUUGGUUCCCCCCUUCUCUUUUUGUUGAGCCCUGUCUGUCGUCAUAGACCUGACCCAGCUCCGUGUCGGCAUCUCAUAAGAGCCGUUCUUUGGGUCUGUCCUUCUUCAGUGUCAUGUUGCUGUUAAGACAAGCUUGCCUAGCUUUGCUCAGAUAAUGUGUGUGCUUCUGUCACAGCUGAACAGAGUUUAGUAAAUAUGACCAGGUGGUUUUUAUUAGGUCAGGCCAGUGCUAGCUGUUUGGAAUCUCGGAGAAUUUGGCUUUUUGUGGGGAUUGAAUUUUAGGUUUUGAGGGGUUAAUGCAAAGGCAUCGUCUGAGAAAUAAUUGCAGUGCUGUACCUGCCAGCCCCAGAGAACAUGUUGCUCUGGAACACAAGGAAGGAGCUUGUCUGCCAGCCUGGGAGACAGAUGCUGCUUAGUCAUUUCCUAGUCUCCCGAGUCAAAGUGUACUAGUGUGGGUUCUCCAAGGAGGAGAAAGGACUAAGGGGUUGAGUGAACACCUAUGUGUUCAUCACUGGGAGUCGCUUCUGAAUACUAGUUGCUGGGAGCAACAGGAGGGGAGAGUAUUCUUGUGCUCGGGUCCUGCUUGCAAGUUAUCCUUAGGCAUCUGGGUGGCCAUUGUGAGAACAGAACUCUGGACCAGAUGAGCCAUUGGCCUGAUCCAGCAGGCUCUUCUUAUGUUCUUAAGGUCAAGUAAAGACUUGCGCGUGUGUGAAUGAGCUAGCACACAUCAGCCAGCACUUCCAGGCCUUUCCUAGCAAUCGACACCGGCGUAAUCAGUGGUGGGAGUUCACACAUUCAGUUCACAUCUAAACCAUCUAUUCAAAGCAGCAACAUACCAAUUCAAACCAUCAGCCCCCACAAAGAUUCCUGGAAAUUGUAGCUUGUUUAAGGGUAUGGAGAGUUGCUAGGAGACCCUGAACAAACUACAGUUCCCAGGGUUCUUUGAGGGAAACCAUGACGGUUUAAAGUGGUAUAAGAGUGGCUUUUGAAUGGAUGGUGUGGUUGCGGCCUUGGUUGCAAGUUAUCCAUGACAAAUGUAGCAAGCAAGCCCUAGGAUCAGCACACAGCAGCUGUUGAGGCCUCAGCAUCCCUGUAGACACAACUCUGGUGCCUGUCCUGAGCCCUUCUUGAAACAAACAAACAAACAAAAAAACCCCACCCACAAUUGGCUACUGUAAUCAGCAGUGACCAGCUUGGUUUAAAAGCUGUCGUUUUAAUUUCCCAUAAUGCCUACACUAGGGCAUUAUGGAAAAAUUUUAAAAGGCGACUUUCAGCUGCCCAGUGCUGUCGGCUGCUGAUGACAUCAGAUGAUUCCACUAAGACUCACCUACACAGAAGAGCUCCAUUGAUUAGGAGGGGACCCAACAGAGGGCCUUCUACUAUGGGCCUCCUCAAACCUGGAGCUGGUCCUGGUAUUUGAGCAUUGUACACGUGUGAGUCUGCCGCUUGGGUUGUAGCCCCCUAAGAGGUACUGAGAUUAGACCAACUUCAACUAAUGAAAGUAAAUCAUGUGUGUUAACUUCAGUAGGUCUGCGCUGAGUAGGACUAGCAUUGGAUACCACCUAAAGUGUUUAAUUAUCAAAGGGAGGGAGCACUCACCAGGAUUAUGAUUAUGAUUUAUUCCAUGGUUUUAUAGCCCACCUUGAUCACUGAGAUCAUCUGCAGGGAGCACUGUUGGACAUUCCCUGUGUUGGUGAGGCUCAUUUGACCGUAACAAGAAACCAAGCCUUUAGUGCAGAGCUUACUAAAUUGUGUGUCGCGACACGUUAGUGCGUUGGCUGCAGUGUGUUGGCGCGUCACACAAAUGCUCCCUGCGCUCCUCCCGGGGCUAGAAAAGGGUUGAUUUAACUUCUGGUUUGCUAGUAAAACUGAAUUACUGUGUUGUGAAAUGAUACACGUCUAAAAAGUGUAUCACCGACAUGGAAAGUUUGGAAAGCUCUGCUUUAGUGUCAUCAGCCCAGUCCUGUGGAACACUUUGUCACUAGAGAUUCAGCAGACACCUUCUCUUCCGACUUCUAAAUGCCUGCUGGAAACGUUUCUGUUCUGUUGGAUUUAUACAGGCAAUUGAGAAUACAUCUUUCCAUAAUAGCUUUUUUCUGAUUUCUAACUUUUUGCUGCAUGGUUCUAUGUAUAAUUGUUGUAAACUGCUCCAAUUUUUUUACGAAUAGCUGAAUAGAAAUAUUUUUAAUAAAUAACUAAAUCCCUGUUGGUGGAGCACUGGCCAUUUUAAGCUUGUGACUCUUAAACUACUAUGAUAUCUGAGUGAGUGAAGAUAAUUUAGUUAUUCUUGCCACCCACUCCAACUUGUUACUUUGGGCAAGAGACAUCAAUGCCCUUGUUUUGAAAGGACUGCAAACAGCAUCUCCUUUUGCAGAGGAGGAUUGUGAGUUUUUGUUGUGUUUGUUUGUUUGUUUGUUUGCUUGCUUGCUUGCUUGCUUGUUUGUUUUUGGAUGGUUUAGGAUUCCUCUCUUGUAGAAUUUCAGCAUAAUACAUCUGUCUUUUUUUCCCCUUUUGAAUUGCAGAUGCGGAAAGAAGGGAAAGGACAGUACAGCUCAGAUCAAUUAUGUGUGCUUGACAAUGUGAAACUGAACUUAAGAAGAUUCAUUGCCUAUCAAGAGAAAUUGGAGAGAAAAUAAUAAUUUUUGAAUAGAAAAAAAAGACUGUAAAGCUAUAUUUUUAUUAUUGUUUGUUAAAUACUUUAGUUUGGGAUUUUUAUAUAGCGCCUUGCAGUGAUUGGUGGCAGGAGGAGAGUUAAGAAAUUGUGGAGUUACGGAGCCGUUAAAACUGGAUUCAGGAUCCGUAAGUGCCGCACCAUUUGCUUUUGAUUCAGUGUUGACAGUAGCCAGAUUGUGCCCUUAAAUACUGGAAAAAAGUAUAUGUCACCCAUCAGUCUCUCAAGAACCAGCAUCAGAUUUUAGGAGUAAGCUCUGCUGAAGGCCUAAUGUAAUAUUCCUAGUCUUCCAGCCAUCAUUAGAAGAUUGGGAAGAUCUUGCUUUCCUUCCACUCUCCCUAUUUCAUCUACACAUGGCGUUUCUCCCUGCCCCACUUUUCAGAGAUAAUUUGUGGGUAGUGUUGGGCCAUGGUUAGCUCAAACCGGAGUUUGCACACCAACUUCUAACCAUGGCUGCCAGCUCUGAUUUGAUAGAAUCAUGGUUAAUGUUAACAUUGGUGCAGACAUUAAAAGGGAAGUGAGGGAGCAUGCAAGCCUGUGGAGUACUCAUACUCUCUUAACGAAGGUUAAAAAAUCUAGACUAUUACAUCAGUACUGGCUUGAAAUCUCUGGAUUUUAUUUUCAUUGUGUGGAAAUAUACAUGCCUUCUAUGUACAAAAGCAUUGUUCUGCAAAGGAAAUGUGAAUUUAAUUUAUGUUGGAAGCCUAUUAAAAAGGUAUGCUUUUAUAGACUGCUCUGAGGGUAUAAUUCCUUGAAAAACCAAUAUUUGCUUUUAAGUUGAUCUACUUUAAUAUACUUAAUAUUCUUGUGGAUUAGACCCAAGUGGCUUUAUCCUAGGGGUGGCUUUGUGCCAACUACAUAUUAGCUAACUGCACUGCAAAAAAACAUACCAAGAUUCUUUCAACCUGUAAUAUACUCUUUGCCAUAUGUAUCAGGCUCAGACUAGCAGGUGGGGGAGCCCUCCCUAAGUACCAGUUUUGAUCCUAUAGGUGCCAGCUGUACGCAAGGUUGGAAAAAUAUUUCCAGCAUCUCCUUUUCUAGGCAGCGCCUUGCUUGGGAUUUUUCCAGCCUGGGCUAUAUAAAUGAUAGAUUGCUAUCGACUGCUACUGUUGAGCAGCUACAGCAGGUGUGACUGUUGUCACUCUGCAAAGUCACCCACACCUGUUACCUUGAAAUGUGUUUGCUGAACAGUUGGGAAAAUACAGAUAGCGCAAAACCAGCUCGAGAUUUCCUUCGAGUCGAUUAAGUGGGUUGAAAGCAGGCAUUAACAGAAAGCAGCAGGUUAGCCAUGUUGAGCAAUAGAGUCGUGCGGCACCUUUUGUUACCAUAAAUAUGUGUAUGUAGAAUGUCGGCUUUCAUAGGCAAGUGACUACUUCCAGCAGCAUCAGAUGAAAAAGUUUAUUUCCUUCAGAAGCUCAUACAACAAUAUAUUAGUUGGAGUAUAAUUCUGGCCUCCGUUUGUGGACGGGAGGGCAUGGAAGCUCCAGGAAAGAGAAUAUGCUGUGCUGGCAUUCUUCCUGCCUUACCCAGCUCACAGGGUGUCCAGCUUUAAAGCUGCCUCUUCUACCAAGGCAUCAACUAGCACAGGUCUCAUUCUGUGACGCAGUUCUGCUGGCUCCUGACAGGUGUGCAGCAUGCAUGUGUGAACAUCCGAAGUGCCCUGCUGGGUCAGACCAAAGGCCCAUCUGCUCCAGGAUCCUGUUUGUACAAUGUGCAACCAGGUUCCAUGGGGAUGUCUGCAAGCAGGAUGCCACAUGUGGUCAGGUGAAUUGAGGUUUUGGGUGGCCGUGCCCUGGUGUAUCAGUCACCUGGAUCCUCUGCACUGCACCCUCCAUACAGCAAAGGAUUGUACACAUAGGUCUUCUAAGGUGUCAACUUGCAGAAGGCUUCCUGAGCAACACAGCAGAGGAAUACUCAGCAUAUUAUUCUUUUACCAUUUGUAGCAUAGACUGUUGUCAUAUCACUUUGAAACUGUUAUAUACCGUAUAAGAUGCCCCCAUGUAUAAGACAACCCCUAUUUUGGGGGACUCUGAUUUAAGAAAAUGGGGGGAGAUGGCCCCCGUGUAUAAGAUGCCCCCAAAUUUCGGACAUUAUUUUUUAGGGGGGGAACCUAGUCUUAGACACGGAAAAAUAUGGUAUACUAGGGUAAUAUACAGAAGCCAAGAAAAUACGCUACAUUUUGUUUCUUAAUAUCCCCCCUGCCCAAAAAUCUAUGAGGGUUUUUCUUUUUUUUUGAAUUGUGUAUUGUUGGAUAGAGAAAAAAGGCUAUUUGAUCAGUGUCUCCUCUCCACCUUGCAUAGAAUCUGGUGAUGUUUCAAAUGGGCAGGUAAAUGAGCCACAUCAUAGUGGCUCAUAGUGGCUCAUACACAGUUUAGUGUUUUUGCACUAAACUUGGAUGCAUAUAAAUAUUUUUAAAGUAUUUGCAGUUCUACUAAAAUAUAUAUUGUGGAGAUUACAAGUUGGAAGGAUUAUGUUUAGUAAACCAAGUUUUAACUGAAUAGUAUUUUAUUUGAAAAGUGAUUCAGAACCGUUAAGUAUUUGUCUUAAGUUGUGGGGGUGGAGGGGCAUGACAUGAAUUGCAAUCACACAAAAUAUGUAAAAUAUUGGAAAUGCUGAAGCCCUGUAAUAAUGGGGAAUUUCUGAUUUGUGUUUAUAUCCCUGGCUGACGACAAUAAUCACACGACUCCAGAUCUAGGAAAUAAACCGUACCUCUAAAGACA